UUUUGUUGUGUGGAUAGUGAGCCCCACUUGGGAUGGUGCGUACACGUACGUACAAAAGACUAGCACACCUUCCGAGUGGCCACACAAGAUUUGUCGUGCACACAGCAAGCGGACAUCAUCAUCAUGAAGACCCUUCAACGGAUUGUGGCGGCGGUCAUGCCGUGUGUGGCGGUCGCAUUUGCUCUAUUAGUUCUAUCGUUACCGGUACAUGGUCUGAGUUGCUGGGGAUUGAGAGAGAAUGGAAGCGGGACGUGCGAGCUCCUGAUUCAAGAGAAUGUCACUAUGGAGGAAUGUUGCUCACAUAACGGGGAUAGUAUAUCCUUCUCUACGAUGGAGAAUCUCGGACCCGGUGACGUCUUCAGGUAUAAAACGCUCUACGGAGGGGUACCAAACUGCACCCUUUGCGAAAAAACAUGCAAACAGACGCAGUGCAAGGAUGGCCGUAAGUGCGUCAUCAAGGGUGGCCGACCGAGGUGCGUUUGCAAGCCAGACUGUACACAGAGCGAGAAUAGUACGUCACACAGGGGACCUGUUUGCGCCACCAACGGCAAGGAGUACAAGAGUAUGUGCGCCUUUCUCAAAAUGAAAUGCCGACAACAAGACCAGUACUUAGAGUUGGAUGUCGCCUACAAUGGACUAUGUCAAAAUUCAUGUGACAGCGUAUCUUGCCUGGGCACCCACAAAUGUUGCGUGGAGGAUCAGCACGGCAGACCGCACUGUGUGUCGUCUAGCGCCAUCAGUUGUCCGGGCCCGUUAAGGGACGCCUUCGUAUGCGGUGCUGACGGCGUGACGUAUGAGACGUUGUGUCAACUCAGGCGGACUUCUUGUUCCAGGGGGGCCAUCGUCCCUGUAUUACACACGGGAAAAUGUGAAGCUUUGACGUCUUGCAACAGCACAAGUUGUGUGAAUCGGAAGGAGUGCUAUUGGGAUCACCCAGCCAACACAUCUCGCUGCAUCUUGUGUAACUACGACUGCAAUGGCUGGCCGGACGAGGCUAUACUGUGUGCUUCAGACGGCAAAACGUACCAGAGCUGGUGUGAGAUGCAGGAGCAUAUAUGCCAGACGCACGAGUACGCAGAGAUGUUAGCGUGGGGAGUUUGCGAUGAAUACGGACAACCGUUAUACACCCCAGACGAUGGGUCAGGUUACUCCAUGUUCGACUCAGGCUACAGUCAGAUCGACUUCACUCCAAGUAGUCGACAGAUUCUUGACAACCUGCGCUCGAGCAUGUACAAUAGUCAAGGGAGAGAUGACGAAAACGCCACUACGACGGAGAGCAGCAUGUUCAACACAACCCAACAGAUCGACGGUACGUUGGACCCUGUCACGCCACAAAUACCAGCACCAGAGGCUGACGGGGGCGACGUGAUUGGGAACGAGGAAAUUGAAAACCCGUAAAAUACGAAGUGUAUCCGCGUACUGGUUUUCAAACAGACUAUUACAGCAAACCCCUACCGUAGCCGCACUGUUGACGUCUAAUCAAUUGGUACUUGACUGAGAGUCAGGCUGCAACAACCCCCUACCAUAGCCGCACUGUUGACGUUUAUUCUACUGAUAUUUGACUCAGAGUCAGGCAACAUCAAACCCCUAUAGCCGCACUGUUGACGUUUAAUCACACUGAUAUAUUUUGACUGAGGGCUCAGGGCAAGCCAGUCGCCAUGUUAGAGCUCUGACUAAUAUUGACUAUAAAUGUUUUCCAUCUACCUACCAGCGCGUGUGUUCAAUAGCUAGUAUACACCACCGAGCGCCUCAGGUGAGAUUUGUAUUGAUCCCCGCAUAGACAGUUCUUCCCCAUUGCUAUCAGUUUGCUCAUCAAAAGGCCACUGAAUACAGUAAGCUAGACUUGUGAAGUCUUAAGAGACUUGAACAGGGUCGGGUCAAGUUUAGUUAAGCCAUUGUUUGAAAUGGCUCCCUGGGCUUUACUUAGAAGAAGCUGUGAAUGGUGAACGUGUUUAUGUAGCAUGACAAGGCUCAGUUCGUGACAACACGGCAGCCAUUGCAGGGAGCUUGGCAACAUGGCUGCCAAGUGACUUCAAAGUAGUAUCGCGCGACCUUUAAACCAGUUUAACAAUCGUUACAAAUGUAUAAGCCAACGUAAAAUGUAAAGAGGACAACCUUAUUUUGAGUGUUUACUGCUUCAAUGUGUUCCGUUUUACCUCAGCUGCUUUAACUUUACAAAAAAUGCAUACAUAUAUAUAGCUUUCCCUAACCACGUCUCAUUAACCCGUUUAUGCUAUUCGCAGUGCAAAAUGUACAAAUAAUCAAAAGGUAAGCGGCAUUUGUAUAUUGAGGUUUAAAAGGCUGUGUACCAAAAUGGCGGUUGUGGCUGUGGCUGUAUACGCACAUAAUUAUUUACGUUCAAAUUGGUUGCUUAAAAGCUUUUGAUACCUAUAGUUAUUGUACAUCAUGUUGGCCAUGACAUGAAUCCCUACUCACUGUCAAUGAAGAUGUAUGUAA